AUGGGUAAAUCACUAAAGACUUUUGGUUUAGAUCAUCUAUGUUAUAUUGUCCGUGAUGAUUUUAGGAGAACAAGAGAUAUAGUUGAUGCAUUAAAUACGGCGAUUCCUCAGGAAUUUAUAGAUAAGAAGGAGUGUUUGAAUGUAGGUCAGUUGAAAGCAUUUGAUUGUAUAAUGAAACAUGUUUGUGAAAAUACGGGUGGGGCUUUUUUCAUUGAUGGACCGGGUGGCACGGGAAAGACAUUUUUAUACAAUUGUUUAUACGUGGAAAUUCGACGGAUGGAUAAAAUUGUAUUGCCUACUGCAACAUCUGGAAUUGCGGCAUCAAAUCUUCCUUCAGGGAGAACGGCCCAUUCUAGAUUCAAAAUACCAAUUGAUUACGAGAACUCCUUUACGUGUGAUGUGCCAAAACAGGGAAGCUUAGCGCAGUUAAUAAAAGAGACGACUUUGAUUAUUUGGGAUGAGGCUUCUAUGGCCAACAAGGCAAAUUUACAGUCUCUUGAUUUGCUAUUGCAGGAUGUAUGUGACAAUAAAUCACUUUUUGAUGGUAAGCUUGUCGUUCUGGGUGGAGAUUUUAGACAGGUUCUACCGAUUGUACCUCAGAAGUCUUUAAAACAGGCUGUCGAAUCAAGUAUUGUGACUUCGUACAUCUGGACAUGUCUGAAGAGGUUUAGAUUAACGGAAAAUCAAAGAGCUCGUGAAGACCUAGCAUUUUGUUCGUUUUUGUUAUCUCUUGGAAAUGGUGAUCUGCAAUCAAAUGAGUGUGAUUAUGUUUGUCUGCCUGAUGGAAUGAUUCAGCAUCUGAAUAUGGAGGGAGAUCCAAUUCUAGAGAUUGUAAAUGCAACAUUUCCAGAAGUUGGAGAAGGUACAAUAACACCGGAUAUCUUUGCGGAUAGGGCGAUCUUAACUACGAUGAAUGAUGAUGUGGAUUUGGUUAAUUCGGUUUUAAUUGGCCGGUUUCCUGGAGAAAAAGUAAUUUAUAAAAGUUUUGAUGUAAUGCUCAAUGAUACGUGCAAUAUAUAUCCAGUAUAG